CGCGGACCUGCGCGCGCCCGGGCGGAAGAAUGGCAGUGCUCAAACUCGCCGACCAGCCCCCACUGGUCCAGGCAAUCUUCAGCGGUGACCCAGAGGAGAUACGGACGCUCAUCCACAAAACCGAAGAUGUGAAUGCUCUGGAUUCUGAGAAGCGAACCCCACUUCACGUGGCUGCGUUCCUGGGAGAUGCAGAGAUCAUCGAACUCCUCAUUCUGUCAGGAGCUCGUGUCAAUGCCAAGGACAACAUGUGGCUCACCCCACUGCACCGGGCUGUUGCCUCCAGAAGUGAAGAAGCCGUGCAAGUACUGAUCAAGCACUCGGCCGAUGUCAACGCGAGGGACAAGAACUGGCAGACCCCGCUCCACGUGGCGGCGGCCAACAAGGCUGUGAAGUGUGCGGAAGUGAUCAUUCCCCUGCUGAGCAGCGUCAACGUCUCCGACCGAGGGGGCCGCACAGCCUUGCACCACGCCGCUCUGAACGGCCACGUGGAGAUGGUCAACUUACUCUUGGCCAAAGGAGCGAACAUCAACGCGUUUGACAAGAAGGACCGGCGUGCUCUGCACUGGGCGGCCUACAUGGGCCACCUGGAUGUCGUGGCCCUGCUCGUCAGCCAUGGAGCGGAAGUGACGUGUAAGGAUAAGAAGGGUUACACCCCCCUGCACGCUGCAGCCUCCAAUGGACAGAUCAAUGUGGUCAAACAUCUCCUGAAUCUGGGGGUGGAGAUCGAUGAAAUCAACGUCUACGGGAACACGGCCCUCCACCUGGCCUGCUACAAUGGGCAGGAUGCAGUGGUGAACGAGCUGACGGACUACGGUGCUAACGUGAACCAGCCCAACCACAGCGGGUUCACCCCUUUGCAUUUUGCUGCUGCCUCCACACACGGUGCUUUGUGUCUUGAACUAUUAGUAAACAACGGGGCAGAUGUUAACAUCCAGAGUAAAGAUGGCAAAAGUCCACUGCACAUGACAGCUGUCCAUGGAAGGUUCACACGGUCGCAAACCCUCAUUCAGAAUGGCGGUGAAAUUGACUGUGUGGAUAAGGACGGCAACACUCCUCUCCAUGUGGCUGCAAGAUACGGUCAUGAGCUUUUGAUUAACACCUUAAUAACCAGCGGAGCUGACACGGCCAAGUGUGGAAUCCAUAGUAUGUUCCCUUUACACUUAGCAGCCCUAAACGCUCACUCGGACUGCUGCAGAAAGCUUUUAUCGUCGGGACAAAAGUAUAGCAUAGUAUCCUUGUUUAGUAAUGAGCACGUGCUGUCUGCAGGCUUUGAAAUAGACACCCCAGAUAAAUUUGGAAGAACGUGCCUUCAUGCUGCUGCCGCAGGAGGUAAUGUGGAAUGUAUAAAACUCUUGCAGAGCAGCGGAGCAGAUUUCCAUAAAAAGGACAAGUGUGGGAGGACACCUUUGCACUAUGCAGCUGCAAAUUGUCAUUUCCACUGUAUUGAGACAUUAGUGACCACAGGGGCCAACGUUAAUGAAACAGAUGACUGGGGACGGACGGCUUUGCACUAUGCUGCUGCAUCAGACAUGGAUAGAAAAAGUAAGACUAUGUUAGGAAAUGCCCAUGAAAACUCAGAAGAACUUGAAAGAGCCCGAGAGCUGAAGGAAAAGGAGGCCGCGCUAUGUCUAGAGUUUCUGCUUCAAAAUGAUGCAAAUCCGUCGAUCCGGGACAAGGAAGGUUACAAUAGCGUACAUUACGCUGCUGCCUAUGGCCACAGACAAUGUCUGGAAUUGCUUUUAGAAAGAACCAACAAUGGUUUUGAAGACUCAGACUCCGGUGCUACCAAGAGUCCACUCCACUUAGCUGCCUACAACGGGCACCACCAAGCCUUGGAAGUCCUCCUGCAGUCAUUGGUGGACCUGGACAUCAGGGAUGAGAAAGGCCGCACCGCUCUGGACCUGGCUGCCUUUAAGGGACACACAGAGUGUGUGGAAGCACUUAUCAAUCAGGGCGCGUCCAUCUUUGUGAAAGACAAUGUAACCAAAAGAACCCCACUCCAUGCCUCAGUAAUUAACGGUCACACACUGUGUUUGCGGCUCUUACUAGAAAUUGCGGACAACCCAGAAGCCAUUGACGUGAAAGACGCCAAAGGACAAACCCCACUGAUGCUUGCCGUGGCAUACGGACACAUUGAUGCUGUUUCACUGUUACUUGAAAAAGAAGCCAAUGUAGAUGCUGUUGACCUCAUGGGCUGCACAGCUUUACACAGAGGGAUUAUGACAGGCCACGAGGAAUGUGUGCAAAUGCUGCUGGAGCAAGAAGUGUCGAUUCUGUGUAAAGACUCCAGAGGAAGGACCCCGCUGCACUAUGCGGCUGCUCGCGGCCACGCCACGUGGCUGAGCGAGCUGCUCCAGAUGGCACUGUCCGAGGAGGACUGUUCUUUCAAAGACAACCAAGGCUACACGCCGCUGCACUGGGCUUGUUACAAUGGUAAUGAAAACUGUAUAGAGGUACUUCUGGAGCAAAAAUGUUUUCGCAAAUUUAUCGGUAAUCCCUUCACUCCACUGCACUGUGCAAUAAUAAACGAUCAUGAGAAUUGUGCAUCAUUGCUACUUGGGGCCAUAGAUGCCGGUAUUGUCAAUUGCAGAGAUGACAAAGGCAGGACACCCUUGCAUGCGGCGGCAUUUGCUGACCACGUGGAGUGCUUGCAGCUUCUUCUGAGACACAAUGCUGAAGUGAACGCAGCGGACAAUUCAGGGAAAACAGCACUGAUGAUGGCGGCCGAGAAUGGGCAGGCGGGCGCUGUGGAUAUUUUGGUGAACAGUGCCCUGGCUGAUCUGACUGUAAAGGAUAAAGACUUGAACACACCCUUACAUUUGGCUAGUAGCAAAGGUCAUGAAAAAUGUGCCUUGUUAAUACUUGACAAGAUACAAGACGAGAGCCUUAUUAAUGCAAAAAAUAAUGCACUGCAGACACCCCUCCACGUUGCUGCGCGAAACGGCUUGAAGGUGGUGGUUGAGGAGCUGUUGGCCAAAGGGGCCUGUGUACUCGCUGUGGAUGAAAACGAUCUAAGCUACUUCUGUGCAAGUCUACCUCUCAUUUUAACUUCUAGGUCAAAUGGACCCCGUUCUGCACCUGGAAUAGCUGUACAAAAAGAAGAAUGAGACUCUUUAAACGUUAUGCACAUACACACGCACACAUAUGUAUAUGUAUAUGUGUGUGUGUAUAUAUAUAUAUAUAUAUAUAUAUAUAUAUGUCUGUAGUUCAUCAACCAGCUGUACGUGAGGACCAAAUUGCUUCAGUCUAAAACAGAAGAAUUUAAAUUGCUUUCCUUCAAAAUGCAAGUGAGAACUGAAGUAGCUUUUCUAUGGAGUUAAAAUGUAAUCUUUUUGUGUAACAGUCUUUGUUGUGUUUUAUAUUUCUUAUGACACAGAUUUCUGGUUGGUGGCUUAACAUUUGUAACUGAUGACCUGUUGACCAAGGCUUAUUUUUUUGCCAAACUAGAGAAAAAUGUUCGUAUACUUUUGAUGUAAAUGUGUUUAUAUUUAUUUGAAAUGAAACAAAGGCCGAGGAAACAUCCACUGGUUGUUCUCUGCUUUAAUCGCUGCGUGUCUUACUUGGAAUAACACAAAAGCAGGAAAUCACGCAGGACCCUCGCUGGGCUAGCCGGCCGGCCUGGGGCCAAGCCCAGCAUUUCCGCUGCUGAGGUUUCCUCGGGCUCUCCACAUCGGUUGGAGAGGGGUAAAGCCUCCAUUGCUCAGCCCCAGUCUGUAGCCAGCCUGGAGAGUUUGGGAGACACUGCCAUCCUUAUGCUCUUCUGCAAGACGAGAACUGAGGUGUGUGGUGGGUCAUAUGCACAAAGGUGGCCCAAAGAAAUUUAUGGAAAUUACUCUGAACACACUGAAAAUCUCACGUGGUCCCAGUAACCUAAUGGGAAAUGAUGUCAGUGUGUGAGCACGUGUAACCAGGAGAGGAAAUACAAAUCACCAGCUCACGUGCUAUUUUCCACUUGAGGAAGAAACGGGAGAGAAACAUGUUGUCAGGACUCUGACAUUUUAUAGUCAGUUCCAUUUUCAACCCUGGAAAUUUCUAUUUUCUAAUGUAUGUGAGAUAUUUUUAAAACAGUGUUCUAGCAUAUCUGGAUCAAAUACACACACCGUAUUCUAUUUUUCAUCUAAUCAUAAAAGACUUUACUCUUACUCUUUUAAUAUCCUGACUUAAUGCAAAACUCACUUUGGGUUCUUCAUAAAUGAGAACUUGUUCAGAGGACUUACAGAAUUGGUAAUAAUUUCCCAGGAAGUUUUCGACACCACCAACAUUGUUUUUUCAUGUUUUGGUGUUGUGGUCCCCCUCCUUCCUCUGUCCUUUUUGUUUGUUUAGAGAAGACGUGUUUUUGAAAAGUAGAUAAAUUGCUAGUGAGCAAUAACGACCUUAUCUUUACCAAAACACUGAAAAGUAAGGGAGCUCCAGUGCUAAAAAAGCACGAUAUACUGUGGUGUCUUUUUCUAGAAGUGAAUGGAAAUCUUGGUGCAUUGACGUUUAAAGCAGGAAAGGAAAUGCCCGCUUGUAAUGGUGAAGCAGCAUUCACGUUUUCCCUGUAGGGUAGCACAGAGAACAAGAAAGGUGGCAGCAAAACAGUACCGGCCCGGGUACAUUUCUCUCCACAUAGCUGCAUUUUGACUUUUCCCCACUCUCUCACGCAUAGAAAGAAGGAGGACAAAGGAACAAAAUGAACUCACGCUUGCCGUGAAUUGCCCAUGGAAUCAAAUCUCUCUCCCACUCUCUCACUGUUUCUCCAUUCCGCGAGACCACAUUUUUUUUCUUUAGGAAGUGACUUCAAAAACUAUGAGUUCUGUGUGUUUUAAGUACAUCUCUUAGAAAUAGAACUAGAUUUGCAAUGUAGCUUUCUAAGCAAAACACACACACACACACACACACACACACACACACACACACACACAGCUUUGUGCUUUUAACCAAGUCUUGGUUGUUUAGUGCUUUUUACCUGACUGUGUUAUUUUUAGUCUGUAUUUCAACCAUAUUCACAGGGAUCACGUUUUCAUCGCACUUACCUAUUCGCCGUGUCUGCCUGUCCUUGGUAAAUCCAUUAUUAUCUCCAAAUUGCCUAAAAUCUGCUAUGAUUCUACAGUAAAAAACUCAGGGGAUUUCUAUUUAUCACUACUAAAAGGGCACUGUAGUAUGUUUUGGUACUUUAGGCAGUCAACAGCUGCUUGAUUUUUUUUAAUUUUAUUAUGAAAUUAGAACAAGAACAUCAAACGGAUCUGCUGCACUAUUCGUCCUGUUGAGCAACCUGGUUUGCUUAUCUGUUGCGUUGGUUGAAGAACUCAUCCCUUUUUUUUGUCUUGUAAUAUGAAGUUAGAGUGCCUUUUUAUAUUUGUAUAUUCUGAAGAUGUUCUGUGAAAUGUUUUGUAUUUUUUCCUUUGAGUGUUAUCAGAGCAAUAUAAUACCAGUGAGUUUUCAUUUCAGCCUUUCUUUGAAUGUAUAAAGUGUCUUUUUCCUCUUUCCCCUUACUUGCUUAGAAAUGAAAAUGAAAAUGCCGAAGUUUUCUAUAGGAAUUAUGUUUAAUUUUGCAGUGCUAAAAUGCUUUCUUCUUACAAAACUGUAAACCAUAGGUCAAUGUUAGAGGGGAAAAGCGUUUUAAGAUAGUGACAAUCUGAGUGUGUGUAAAAAUGUAAUUCUAUGCGUUUCUUAUGCAGUGAUCUAAAAAUUCAAUGCAAAUACCUUUUGUUUGGUAGUUUUGUCUACAUAUUUUAUGCUUUAGCAUGUGCAAUAUAUCUUUGCAAAGCACGAUGAUACAAAUCUGGUGCCAGUGUUAUAUUUUGCAUAACAUAUUUGUAACAGCGUAAAAUACUGUUUGAUGCUUUCAGUGGGAUUUUGUCUGUAAUGUUUGCUUAUGUAAAUUGGAGUUGAAUGACUCUGGUAAAUGUCAUGACUGUAAAAAUGAGGGAAAUGACUUAGUUCAGUGAAUGACUUUGAACCAAUCUGAAUCUUUUCAAGCACAGUUUAAUACUUUUUCAACUACUGAAUGCUAAUAAUGUAAUGAAGUACUUAACUGUAAUAUACUAUGGAAAUGCAUUCAGAUGGUUAUUUUUACAAAUAAAAACGGUACAAAUAUUGUUGC